CCACAGGACGGACGUUCCGCUGCUCCCAUGGUGCCCCGCGGCGGCAGCCAUUCAAAUUCCAGCGGGCAGCUGCUGCCGCCGCCUAGAAAAUGGCUGCCCUGGGGGAAACGGAGUCGCCUGGUGCGAUGGCGGCUCCGGGUUCUCAGACCUCCCCGCUUCUUAUGGUAGAGACGCCGCUAGCCCCGGAGCGUGGCCGUGGGAGGAAGUCCCGGCGGAGCACGCCUGCGGCGUUCAGCCCCGCCGUGUCCGUGGUGUUCCCGGGCGCCGUGAGCCGAGAGAGCUGCUGCCGCUUUGCCUGCGAGCUCCUGAAGCACGUCCUGCACCAGCGGCACCAGCUGCCGCUGCCCUACGAACAGCUCGCCUACUUCUGCCGGCGGGCCACGCAGGAUGGAGAUAUGAUCAAGAAGCCACCUUCUGUGGGCUUAGCAAGCAAGAAGUGCCAGCAGGUGCUGGUGGAACUGGAGGCAGUGCUCCAGCACCUGGAAGUGAUGUUCAGCUUGACACUGGUUCCCCGUGUUCUUAUUCUGCUUGGAGGCAAUGUUGUGAGCCCCAAGGAGCUUUAUGAGCUCAACUUAGAAGGGAUCUGUGUGGGCAGUGCUGAGAAAAGCCUGAAAACCACAUCCUGCGUGCGUAAGCUUUUUCACUCGCUCUUCAUUGCAGAUGUCUUCAGUGAACUUAAAGCUCUUCCAGUCACAAGCACUGUUGUUAUGCUCCAAGGGCAUCGCAACUGUGGUGUGGAGUGGUUUCGGCCCAAGCUCAACUACAAAGUGCCAACCAGAGGAAAGAAACUGACUAUUAAUUUGUCCUGCGAUGGAGAUGUCGAUAUAAGUGCCUCAGCUCCUCAGAUUAUGACUUCUGCUUGGGAGGACUACGUAUGGUUUCAAGCACCAGUGACACUUAAGGGCUUUCAUGAAUGAUCUGUGCCCUGUAGAACUUUAAUGGGAUACUGAAUAAUUUUUGGUGCUGCUUUAGGCAAUAAUUCUAUCAGAGGUAAUGGCAUACACUUGUCUCUCUGGAUCUCUUCUCUAGGGCAUCAGUUGCCUUCCUGACCACCUUCUUCUGUGUUCACCUCAUGACUUGUCUUUGAAAGCAAAAGCCCUUUAAGGCACAGCUGCAUACAGCUACCAUGAUUCCUUAAGGAAAUUAAUUGAUAUAUUGGGUGUAAAGACUUCCCUGUGACACGCUUGCUGAACUGACAAAUAUUGCAGUCUUCCUGAGUUUUACUCUCCUGAGUUUUACUGCAGCCAUUUCUGUUAAUGAUUACUGCAUUAUAUGAUUGUUUGGGACAAGAUAACGUAUAUGAUUAUUAAUAUAGUUGGCCUUUUACUGUAAAGGCCAUAACCAUUCUUUACCCCACUGCUGUGAAAGAAGACCUUUUCCUGCAGCCUACUCAGACUUGAGUACUCAGGUGCUUGCCCAUCUAGUAGAUAAUAUCUUUCUUCCCAUAACACCAUUUCAGUUUGUUAGGAAUCCAGCAUGGCACUCUUCAGCAACUGGAAGACUUCAUGCCUAGCAGUGUCUUAUACUGGUGAUGAAAUGAGGCUGAGUCGUCCUGUGAAAGCAACAGAACACAUCUUCCUAUUCCUUUACUAACUUUUAGUCCAUCAGACCUGACAAUCAGUUUGGUAUACAAUUAAAACUAGGAAAAGCAGUUUAUUCUCUCCUUCGCAGGAAGUUAGGACUCCUGCCUCAAUGUGGCAGCUUAUUCCCACUUAACAGAAAAUAAAAAUAUCUUGCUUUAGGGACGGGGAGGAGAAACUAGUGCCAGAACUGGAUAUCUGCUGGAGUUGUCUUGGAUCAGCUGGAUAUGUGUCUAUCAUGGAAUGAAUUAAAUGGCUCCAUCCAUAAGAAGAGAAUCUUUAGGCUGUUGGUAGUAAGGUUGCUUACUACAUGCUAACAGAAGCUGAUCGAUGGGGUGAUAAAAAUCCUUUGGAAGGAGGUUGUUAGAAGGUGAAUUAACCCCCUGUACUCAGUGCACGUUUUAAGCUUUUCUGACAUUUUAGCAGUGAAUAAGAUUGUAAAACUGGAAGGAAAUCUUUUUUUUUAAGCUUAGAGAACACUACAGAUGCCAUUUUUGCCUUGCUUGACAGCGAGCAACUGCUAAAACUAGCUCUGGGAAAGAACUGCUAAAAUAAAGAGAGCUGCCUUAUGUGGAGCUGCUCACUUGAGAAUGUAAUCACUGGUCUCUCAAAUGAAAUAUAACUCAAACUGUUUAAUGGGAGUGUUUGAUAUUCUCAGGACAUCUAAGCCCUUUACAUUUCCACCAAAGCUGCUUGAAGCAUGUAUUUAAGAAUGCUAGCACUUCAGUAUUUAAAGAAGCUUUUGAACAGAAGCUGGAGGUCUGAGGAACAAGGGGCCAUUCCUUUCUGCUCUCUCCUUCAGAUGAGUGCAAUGUUACUACAUUAAGUGGUUUACAUAUUCCAUUAUACUUGAAUUAUGAAUGCAGCAACGAUAUGGUGCCAGGAAUAAGAGACAAGAUGCUCUUUUUUUUUUUAUGAAGAGUUCUAGAGUUUGAACAAGUUUAUUAGUUAUAAUCAUUAUUAUCAAAAUAAAAUGCUGGCUUCC